AUGCUGCACGGAAUGAAUGAGAGACGCGCUGCUCACCGUGGCCUGGAACGCCGUCUGGGUCCUACGCCGUCUUCCAUGCUCACCACGACCACCAACGCACUGGAGAGCCUCUUGUCUACAGACAGUGCCGAGGAGACGACGCUCACCAUUCGUCGCACCAGUACCAGCUCUGUCUCCGUGACUUCCACCAGUGCCACCUCGUCUGCUACUUCUAGCGAGACAACCACCUCUACUCACACGUCGUCGACGUCGACGUCUUCUUCAACGUCUACCACGACGACCUUGACAACGACUUCAUCUACCCAGUCGACGACGACUUCCUUAUCCACCUCUUCCUCUUCGUCCUCCUCCUCAUCACAUACGUCAAGUUCAAGCACACUAAGCGCGGAAGCGACAAUUUCAUCCACUCAUACCACAGGGACAGUCUCUGUUACCGUCUCAAGCUCGACAAAUGUUGCCGCAUCAGCAUCAGCCAGUUCGACUGGUCGUUCGAGCAACACGGGUGCAAUCAUUGGAGGUGUGGCCGCAGGAAUCAUCGGACUUGCGCUGGUCAUUGGAAUAAUAGGAUUCUUCUUGCGUCGAUGGCGUACAAAACGUCGUGACAGGGAUGAAUUCGACGCCAGUACAUUCCGACGUUCAGCCGUUCUUAUGCAUGACCCGCCUCCAGAUUCCGAGAAUGACCGUCCGUUCAAUCCACGUCCUCCCAGCAUGCUGGAGCGUCGCAACCAUCCAAUGUCGUUCGGAAUGCAAUAUGGAGCACCGGGACCUGUGUAUGCUCCUCCAGAACGUUCACAAGCUUACUACGAUACAGGGAUGAGUCGUGACUACUCACCGUCUCCGGCCGCAAACUCCGCCAAUCCAUUGUUCGCCCUCGCUAUGUAUAGACAGGCCGACGAAACACCUCGACCAUCCCCAGCACCAAUCGAUACUUCCCAGUAUGUCUAUAGCCACGAUUUAGAUGACGGACCGCUGCCCUCACCAGUGUAUGGACUGGGGGGUCCCACCAUACCGGCAAGUCCACCAGCCAAUCGCGCUUCCGAGAACACUACCGCGUCGGUUCCACGUAGUGUUGCCACUUACGAUCAGUCUGUCUAUCGUCCAUCCAUGGCCUCUAGCACUCUACCAGCGAACGAUUACAUUGAUGUCACUCGGUCCAGUGUCACUCCCUUCCAAGCUGCUCAAUACGUAGAGAUCGCGAACCGACUAGCCACCGAGGUUCCUCAGGGAUUGGAUACACCGGCUGUGAAUGAAUACGUGCAUAGCAGGAAUGCGUCGCUAGCAACUAAUGGUUCAGGGACACCACCUGUGGUUCCGCCGAAGGAUGGCCAUUAUUCCCAGGCUUCCACCGCGUCCCCCAAACGAACAUCUGCGCAGUCUCAGGCGUCAGUGGAUAUUAUGAAGGACCUUGAAUUCCCUACCCCGCCGUCCCCAGUUCUAUCCACCUCGUCUCGCUAUCGCGUUGACUCCACGCCUCCUACUCUUCCCGAAAUAUCCAUAGAUCGUGGAUCUGUCUCGCAAUAUUCCUUGCCGAUCUCUUACCGGGAUAGCACCAGCAGCACUCCGACAUCUUCUCCAUUCCCAGGAUCUGGUUCCGGCUUCCCCAGCGGUGUCAGUCAAACCAUCACCGUAGGCGGCAAGCUGGGCCCUCAGAGCAGGUUCCCAACCACGCCAAGCCCACUUGGGAACAGCUUUGUGAUGACCUCCCCGCCUGCAGAGGGCGACAGACAGCUCCCUUCUAGUCCUACGCCCUCGAGUCCCACGAUACCUGUGGCCAAGAGGCCCGAAACGAUUUACGAUGCGGAUGAUGCAUAUGGGGGUAUCUAA